GCUAGCGGGACUGCGUGGACUUCGGUGCUCCCCCUCCGUCUCGCGUGGACACCCGCGGGGGGCGGGACAGCAGCUGCAACCCCCAUGGGAGACCAGGCAGACUGGAUGUCGCAGCUGUGCCCGCGGCUGUGGGAUGUCCCGCUGCACCAGCUGUCCAUCCCAGGGAGCCACGACACGAUGACAUACUGCCUGACCCUUAAGUCUCCGAUCUCCCGUGCAUGCUCUCGGCUACUGCACCUGCUGGGCCGGGUCGUGCCUUUCAUCACCCGGCCCGUGGUGAUGAAAUGGUCGGUUACGCAGACUCUGGACGUGACACAACAGCUGGAUGCAGGAGUGCGGUACCUGGACCUGAGGAUCGCACAUGCGCCCGAGAGCUCUGCACAAAACCUGUGCUUUGUGCACAUGAUGUACACGAAGACGCUGGUAGAGGAUACCCUCACUGAGAUAGCUGAGUGGCUGCAAUCCCACCCCCGCGAGGUGGUCAUCUUAGCCUGCAGGAACUUUGAGGGGAUGACGCGCGAGCUGCACGACUAUCUAGUGGGCUGCAUGGUGAACAUUUUCGGAGACAUGCUGUGUCCAAGCGGGGAAGUCCCUACACUGGGGCAGCUGUGGGCACGUGGGCAACAGGUCAUCGUGUCCUAUGAGGACGAGGCCACAGUCAACCGCUAUGAUCAGCUGUGGCCUGCGAUCCCAUACUGGUGGGGGAAUGCAGUAAAGCCCGAGGUGCUGCUGCGGUUCCUGGAGACCAUGAAGGACCACGGCCGCCCAGGUGGUCUGUUCGUUGCUGGCAUCAACAUCACUGAGAACCUGUGCUACAUCCUCCUGCACCCAGUGGGCUCCCUGGAAGAGAUGACUCGUCGCAGCCUCCCACUCAUGACCAAGUGGGUACGUGAGCAGCAGCCGGGGCAGAGCCCUCACUGCACCAACAUCAUCGCGGGCGACUUCGUGGGUGCAGAUGGCUUUGUGAGUGAGGUCAUUAGCCUGAACCGGAAACUGCUAUCUCCAUAACUGCCACGCCCCCAAGAUGGAGUCACCACUUGAGUACUUUGCGCAGCCCAGAGAGUCACAGACUCAGAAUGUUUUGCUGUGACGCUGCUGUG